CGUCGGCGGGAGCGCGGGCUGCGGAGAGGCGGGCGGGCCGGGCUCAGCGGAGCGCGGCGGCGGGAAGGCGGCGGUGGACGCGGGCGGCCUCGCGACCCAGCCCCGCAUCGAGCCGGCUUCCGCGUCGCUCGCCCUCGCCGAGACCCCGGCCGAGUCCCCGGCCCGCACGCGCCGGUCUCCAAGGCCCAGGCCGCCGCCGCGGCCCGUUCUUGAAAUCAUGAAUCCUGUUUAUAGCCCUGGAUCUUCUGGGGUUCCCUAUGCAAAUGCCAAAGGAAUUGGUUAUCCAGCUGGUUUCCCCAUGGGCUAUGCAGCAGCAGCUCCUGCCUAUUCUCCUAACAUGUACCCGGGAGCAAACCCUACCUUCCAGACAGGUUACACUCCUGGCACACCUUACAAAGUGUCCUGUUCCCCCACCAGUGGGGCGGUGCCACCGUACUCCUCCUCCCCAAACCCCUACCAGACUGCUGUGUACCCCAUGCGAAGUGCCUACCCCCAGCAGAGCCCGUAUGCACAGCAAGGCACGUACUACACACAGCCCCUGUAUGCAGCUCCCCCGCAUGUCAUCCACCACACCACGGUGGUGCAGCCCAAUGGCAUGCCGGCCACGGUGUACCCUGUGCCCAUUCCCCCGCCCAGGGGCAACGGGGUCACCAUGGGCAUGGUGGCUGGGACCACCAUGGCCAUGUCAGCAGGCACUCUGCUGACUGCUCACUCCCCAACUCCUGUCGCCCCCCACCCAGUCACUGUGCCCACGUACCGGGCCCCAGGAACACCCACCUACAGCUACGUGCCCCCUCAGUGGUGAUCACUCUGCAAAGGUCUGAGGAUGGAGCUGUGCAGUCACAUCACAGAGGUUUCACAGCUGGUGCUGCAGGCCUCGCGCCUCCAACCAGGACUCUCUUCUCAAUGCUCUCGACACUUAGCUAAACACCAUGAUGUUCUGGCCCAGCAGGCCCAGCGCCGGUAGUCUUCAGCUAACUCUCUGGGUUGGUCUUACAGCAAAUCCUGUUUUAUGUGGACUGCCUGGCAACUUUUUAGCUAACUAUAAUGAUAAAAAGGGAGUAUUAAUCUAUUCUGAAUCAUAUCUAGUUGAAUGCAUGUUUUAAAAAAAAUACAAAAACAAAGCUUGCUCAAUCUACCUGCAGUGACUGAUGCAAAACCAUCAUAUGCAAAAUCCAAAGGAAUGGAAAAGUAUUUUACAACUUGUAUCACUAAUGCACUGUUGUAAUGUAUGCAAAGUCUUAAAGUUAUAAGUGUAAAGUGAAUUUCUUCAUAGAGCAUCUGACAUGUCCUAGAUAAUUCUUCAGCCUCUUGGGGUUGAUGUGGGUUGCCAGUUAGGAACUUGGACUUUUCAUUUUAGCUGUGUGUUUCUUCCCAUGACUGCACUGUGUAGGUCACAGGUGGUGAUUGACACAGCCAGGUCAGUGGGCACUUCCUUUUCUUUCCAGUUAGGCCCGGGGGUCAGUGAACUGUGGACAUUCUUAGAGAUGGUAAGGAAAUACUAGAGUUGUGUGGCCAGUACAGUUAGGGUAGCAGGUGGUUUGUGUAUUAGCAAAACAGUUUUCUCCUGUCUAAAGUUUCAUUACAAAUCUAUUACAAAUUAGAGAUGCUCUUUUAUAUGUCUUCAUUGGAGAAGUCCUAUGUAGACUUUAUUAUUUUCCUGCGAUGGAAGGUAAUGUGAAAGAGAAAACCACACUUGGAGGAGGUAUUGGCCUCUGCUUUAUUUAGCUUAGAAAAUCAUUCCAGUUUUCUUUUUUCCCCCUGAGAAAUGUUUGAGUCUGCUGCAAACAUAUGUAAGCAUCGCUGUCCCUCCCUGCCCCACCCCAAAGAAGGGCAAAGAUUUCAGCUGUGUGUUUUGAAGCAAGUUGUAUAUUUAAGAAUUAUUAAAAGGGAACAGA